GAAACGAAACCUUAGGAAACACGGAAAUGACAAGAAACGGACGUGAACCGGUGCAGCGUCCUUCAGUCCAGUAGAGGCAGCGGCAUCACAAGGAGGCUAAGGCGUACGUUACUCUGUAUUACUCGAGCCAUUUCUGUCCGCACUGGACUGUCAAGUAGGAACAUAAAUAUCCAGCGCCACCUGGAGCAACCACCUGACCUUCUAUCUCUGCUGUCUGACACUGACUCUGCAGAGAAACCUAAACUUAAAACAUGAAGUGCUUCAAUUGUGGCCAUUGUGCUGUGGAGAAGACUGCAAAGUUCUGCUGCCAGUGUGGGGAGAGGCUGCAAACCACACCAAGUGCAGACACUCAGCCCAAACCCCUAGAGGCAUAUGUGAAAAGUGAAAAGUCAGAGGAACAGAACAGUACCCAAACUGAGGAUGACAAGGAAGACAGCAGGCCAAUAGAAUACCUGAGGGAAGAGCCUGAUAGCAUCCAAAACAAAAGGAGAAGGAAAAAGAAGAAGAGAAAGAAGAAAGAUGACAACAAAUUGUCAGAUCACGUCCAUAGCAUGCCAGAGGUGUCAUUUUUAUCCAUGGAGGAAGAUCUGGAAAAAAGGCUGCGGGGUAAAAGGGACUCCUUUUACAGUGAAACUUCAAACAGUGUAACUGAUGACACCUUGGACUUGCCCCAAGAUGGCUUCUCUUUGACUAGCCAGCCAAGAUCCUUAACAGACAAUGGUCCUGCUCCUGUGUCACAAGACACACAACUCAUUCAAAGCAAAAUGACUGCUGUGACAGUAGCACAGGUAGAAGAAGCUCCCAGAAACUCUGAUGACAGCAGUGCACAGCGGUCAACUGAUGACCUAACUGUCCAGGCAGUAUUAACUGGCACCUUGACUCAACAGUCUAUAUCACAGAACAAGGUGAUCCCUCCUCAGUCAGAUAGAGGCAAACAGACUAAAGACACAAGCAUUGAAAAUAAAGAAAUAUAUAAGGAAAAUGCAAUGACAAAAAUAAUACAAAAGGAACAAACAAGAGGCGAAGAAAAUGUUCAAAAGCAGACUGAUUUAAAGAUGGACUUUUGUAGUCCAAAGUUGGAACCUGAGUGUGGGAAGAAUGUGACUGCAACCACAGAGGUUGACGAGGGAACAGACGCAAACGGAGAAACAAACAAAUCAAAGUCCAACAGCCCAGCUGACUCAACACAUGAGAAAGCUUCAGCCGAUGCAGGAACUCCACCGGGGAUGUCUGAUGACAAGAAAGUGCUUCCUCAGCCAGAUACAGGCAAAGGGACAAAAAGGGACUCUAAAGUUCAUAAGGCUGACAGGCAAAAGAUGGUCAACACAGAAGAAGAGUCUACACUGGACCAGAACGCCAAUGUAGAGACGAAAGUGACACAAAAUAAACAAGCCAAAGGCAAAGAAUCGGGUCAGAAACGGACAGAAACUGUGGAACCUGGUUCAAAGAUGGUUUUUGGAAAUCAAAAUGUGAAGCCUGGAGGUGGGAAGAACGUGACUUCAUCAAAGAUUACAGAUGGUGAUAAGGGAUCAAAAACAGAAAGUGAAAAGGAAAAUUCAGAGACUAAAAUCACAGCUAAUACUUCACCUGAGAAAGCUUCAGCAAACACUGAGAGGGCAGGGGACAAGUCUGAGGACAAGCAGAUGCCUCCUCAGUCAGAUUUAAGCAAAGGGACGAUAAGAGAUCCUAAGACCCAAAGGGAAAAUUCUGAGAGAGAGACGGUCGUCACAAGGGACCAAAAUGCAAAUGAAGAGGCAAAGAUGACACAAAACAAACAAACCAAAGGCAAAGAAAAGGGUCAGAAGGGUCAGGGUCAGAAGGCUCAGGGAGAGACGCAAACUGUGGAACCUGGUUCAAAGAUGGUUUUUGGAAAUCAAAAUGUGAAGCCUGAAGGUGGGAAGAACUUGACAUCAUCACAAACCACAGAUAGUGAGAAGGGAUCAAAAACAGAAAGUGAAAAGGAAAAAUCAGAGACUAAAAUCACAGGAGGUGACAAGGAUCAGAGACAGAAACAAGCUGUUGAACAUGUUUCAAAGAAUCAAACAUCAUCAAAGCCGGUCAACACAGGCUCAAGCGUGGAUCCUGAUCCGGCUACAGCACCAGCACAGGACCCAAGUCAAACAUCAGGAAGUGAUGAGACACCAAAUGUGGGAAACACAGAAUCCAGCAGCAGAGAUGAACUACCUACAAGGCCGACUACAAGGAACAUUGCUGCAAAUGACAGAGUCACAAUUUACUUUCAUGGCAUUCUCUCAAAGGAUUUCAAGUUCAAUCCAGAAGAAGAUACAAUCUUCAUCAGAGCUGGGCCUCCCAUUGGAACUUGGAAAGAAAAUGCAACUGAACUGUCCGUGACCAAGGACCUCGGAGAUCAUGGUUUUCUUGUAGAAGGCACACUGUUGGAAAGCAGAGCAGCUGUUUUAUCUAAGUCAAUCCCAUAUAAAUAUGUUGUUUGGAGGCAUAAAAAAAAGGAUUAUGAGUUUGAGUUCAUAUACAAGACUGAUAAUGACAAGAUGACCAACAGAUGUUUGUUUGUAAAUUCCAACCUACUUAAACAAGAAGGGGACUGGCAUCAAUAUGACGACAUCAUCUGUGCAGCGCCGUCAAAGGGGAUGCUAAAGCGUAUAAUGAACACCUUUAGGCCAGACCAGAGAAAGGAUUUGAUUAAAGGCCGAACGAUUGCUGGCAAUAUAAUGCUGGACACAAUAUUUGAUCUCCUAAGGAGCUGGAGUGAAACCAACCUGAGAAGCUUUGUCGUCCAACUAAGGCAGUUUUUUAAAGUGUUUUCAGAGCCUUUUGUUUAUGAGGAGACACAUAAGAAAUGGGACUCGUUGAACUAUGGAAAGGACGAGGUGAAAGAGUUGCUGAAGAAUUUCAUGCUAAGAAAACUGAUACCUCAGUUGCUGAAGGAUGGAAAUGGGCAGAUGUGUUACAUACAGGAUCCCCUGAAGGCAGCUGUGAUCAUGCUUAGUGUUUGUAAAGAGUAUGGAAUUUGGCAAAGUAAUGAAGAGCUUAAUCAACUCUGCAACACACUACAUCUGCCUAAAUUAGGCAAAGAUUUCCAGCAGUAUUGGGCGGACUUUUCUAAGGAUGUCUCAGUUUUCAAAGAUCUGCCAAAAAAUUUGCUGGACGUGAUUAACUCUGUGAAAAAAAUGGGGACGCCCCGGUGGAUUCUGGUGCUCCCACUCCUUCAUCUCCUUAGAGGUAACACCAAGCCCUUUCAAACACCGUCGUCUGGCAGUGCUAAAUACGGGCUGACAUGGGCAGGUUUACAAGGCUUGGAAAUGGGCCACUCACCGACUUUAUACAGUCAAGAGAGAAAAGCUCUGAUGAAUAUACUGAACAGCUACAGUUACUUGAUGGAGGUGGAUGUGCUCCUUGUGAGAUCUUGUCUGUACCUGUUCUUGGUGGAUGACUUGAAGGAGUUUCUUGACAAUAUCAAUGUUGAGCUUUUGGAUGUCCUGAAUAUUUUCACUUUCAAGAUGCCUCAGGAUAUUUACUACACCAACUUUCAGGCUGUAUCAGAUAUUCUCUCCCAUGUACAAAGCAGACUUAUUGAGUCAAAAUACAGUUUGUUCACCGAUGCCUACAGGAGAGAGUGUCUGACAGCUGCAGUGAAACUUCUAGAGAAGAUCUGCAAAGAGGUCAAAAACUACAGCCAGAACUUUGCUGCAGGUAUCCCUGUAGCCUGCAUGAACAUGGUUGCAUCAAUCUCUGACUUUGUUCAGUGUAAUGUAAAACAGGAGGCUCAGGAAGAGAAUGAAGAGGAUACAUUUAUCAAGCACGCGAUCACUGAAGCCAUGGGAAUCAUGAGAGACUGGAUCAACCGUUCCUUCAACAAACAGUUGAUCUCAAAAUCAAUGUUCUCCACAGCUUACAACAAAGAUGAGAUUGAAUUGUGGAACAACAUACUCUCUAUCCGUUUCUACAAUGAAGACAUAACAACAGAGUGGAGACUCAAGUUCACAAUGGACUUUGAGGGAAAAUACAAAAAGGAAUCAGCUUUGGAUCAAAUUCAAUUCUACUGCACCAAGAUUGAAGAACUCAGUGUUUCCCAUCCACUUGUGUCUGAAAGUAUAGAGCGGUGCGCUCUUGAUGCUGUUACAUGUUUGUGUCAGACCAAGACAGAGGGCAGACUGUUCGAAAGAAUGGAGAUAAACUGGAAGUUUGGGAAACUCAUCUCAGCCAUUAUUGAAAAGUCCUGGCCACAGGACUGCCAAGGACACUAUGAGGAAGAUGAAGAGGUCGUUCUCCAGCACUUUCUCUCCUGGACAGCUGCCAGAGAAAUAUUCAAAAUAUAUGGUGCAGGAGAAAAGCUGUUUGAGAAGCUUUCUGAGGAAGCCAAGGAAAGACUUGCCAUUGCCAUAUCAUCCCUGAGUAACAUCAAACAUCAGCUGGUCAGUGGAGACAUUAAAAUCAGUCUUCUCAAUGUCAUCCGGCAGAGAAAACAAGCUUUCCUGGAUCUGAUGAAAAUUGAUGGACUCUCAGAGAAUGACCAGUACAAAGAUAAUGCUAAAAUGAGCAGGUUGCUGCAGUGCAGAGAGGAUGAAGUGAUGGCUGUUUAUCACGAGAAGAGGCUGUUGGAGGUUUUUUUGACAAUGUCCCAGAAACUUGACGAAUUUAUGACAGUUGAUGUUGCCUGCAUGGAAAACAAACAGUCUGUAAAUGUUGAGUCUAUGCCCCUGAACGAUUUCAUGGAGGUUCACCAAUUUGAACAACUCACCUCAGACAUGGCUGGUGUUGUCACCUACUUCAGCCUGGAUGAAUACAUCAGGAAAAUGGCGGAGGCCCUGCUCAUCGUCAGCGACAGUUAUAUUUUUACUGUGUAUUGGGAGAAACAAGCCAGACGCUGGGUCACUAAAAACCUUGGAGAUGAAGACGAUGAUUCAUAUACACAGGAGAGACCAGAAGUCGUGGCAUCACCAAAUAUAAUACACGAUGAAAUUUUUAAACCUUGCUACGCAGAUUACAAGGACAUUUACACUCGCCUAAAGGAUGGCAGUAUAAUACUCCAGGAAGUCAACGAGCUCUUGGGAGUCUUCAAAGGCCAGUAUGAAAAGCUUGCACAGGAGCUGGACAUCAUGUGCAGACUUUAUAAAUCUGCUGAAAAACAGUGGAUCCACAACAGGAUUCACCAGAUUGAACAGUAUCAUGAGCUCCAUCUAGCUGGCGCUUCAGCACAGAUUAUCAUAAAAGUCAAAGAGACGCUCUGUCUUCAAGGGGACUUUAGGGUUCUUGAAACUCUAACAAGAAUAAGUCAUGCUGACUUUGAAACUGAGCAACUCAAUCGCAUAGACAAUGACUUGAUGCAGGCGAAAAAAGUUCUGGUGGACAUCACUGAGCCACGCAGACUUUGUCUGCAGGAACUGACAGCCAGUGGACACUUUAUAAAAUGGGUCAAGGAAGCUUUCAUUAUAUCCCUUUUUGUUUUAGACAUCAGUGAGUUGAAGGUAUUUGUGGAUUUGGCAUCCAUCUCUGCGGGAGAGAAUGACAUGGAUGUGGCUCGUGUUGCAUGUUUCCACGAUGCUGUCCUUGGCUACUCUUCAAUGCUUUAUGAGCUGAAAUCAGAUUCUGGUUUUACAAUCUUCAAAGAGGUAGUGCAGAAGCUCUGGAAAGCUCUGGAAAAUGACAGUAACCUACCGAAAAAACUGAAGGACAGUGCUCGUCAUUUGGAAUGGUUAAGGACUGUAAAGGACAGCCAUGGGUCAGUGGAGCUCUCAUCUCUUUCAUUAGCUACAGCUAUAAACAACAAGGGCAUCUAUGUGAUCAGUGCCCAUGAUGUAAAAAUGUUGAGACUUGAUACUGUUGUGAGGCUGCAAAUUUCUGAGAAGGAUGAUGAAGGUACGCAGACCCGCUGGUAUUCCCUGGAGGACCUGCGGGAGCUGCAGAAUAAACUGAUGCUGAUGUCUGGGAAAGGGGAACAUGGGCAGCAUGAAGUUGAUCACUUUGCAGAGGUUUUUGCCAAUGUUCAGAGAUUGGCUGAGGCAUUUAUUGCCCUUCAUGUUGCUGGAAAUCCUCUCUUCAGAAACUGGGAAGCUCAUAUCAGAUGCUGUUUAAGCACCAAUGAACCUGGCAUAAUGAUGGAGUUUAACUUGAAUAGUGUUGUCAGUACUGUGAUUGUGGAUGGCAGCAUAGAGGAGCACCUUCCUGAGCUCUGUAGAAAAAUGGAAAAAUGCCUGGAAUACUGGAUGGCUUUUGUCAACAAGCAGAGAUCCCAGUUUUACUAUUUAAACUACUACACAGACGAACAGAUAAUUUACCUGUGCAGCAGGCUUACUCAGCAAAACUUGACAAGUGUGAAUGACCAGGUUCUGAUGAUGCUCUCUUUUGUCAAGCAAAACUGCACAGUCUCAGACCUGAGGGAAGUAUGGCAUGCACUCCAGUAUAAAAUUCUCACAGAGCCACAAGAUAAAAAUGAGGACAUUGAGUUUCAGACUUUUGUUGUGUUGCCAAGUCAUGAUGCAGAAGACCUAGAGUUCACCAGUCUGUUUGAUGGUGCACAAAGUAUUGUGGAACGAAGAAACACUACCCAAAAGUUUGAUCUCAUUUGGAAUGGUUACAGGAAAGAUAUGCAAAACUUUCUUCCCCAAAUUCUUGACAUGAGAACUCUUGGACAACUAUUGGAGUUACUAGCUAGCAGAGAAAUGAAAGACAGUAAAGAAGACAGUUCUGAAGGAUUCAGAAGAAACUUCACUCAGAGGCAGCUACCUAAACGCUUGGUGACAGGAAAUCCUAACCUCAUAAUUUGUCCGCAAGAUGAAGUCCUAACAUCUUGCAUCUCCAUUUACAUGAGUAGCAACGAGGAAUCACUUCCCACCUACGAUGAGGUACUUCUUUGCAACUCCUCAACAUCAUAUGAGCAGGUGGAGCUCUUUCUCAGGCGUUGUCUCUGUCCAGGUUACAAAGGAGAGAAAAUAUAUACACUGCUGUAUGGUGAGCUACUCUCCUAUGAUGUGAGCUAUAAGCUUGAAACCUUCUUCCAGAGAAUUAAAUUGCAGAGCAGACCCGACUACAGAUUAGUGAUCAUCUGCAGCUCAGAAAGAGAACAUGCCUACCUGCCAUCAGUAUUCAGCCAGUACAGAUUGCACAUGGUUCCGCAGGAGCCAAUGGAAAGAAUCCAGAAAUACCUCUGUAAGCACUACACCGUCCCAGCGCAUAUAUGUAGUGCUGCUGCUGCGUUCAAAGACCGCCUUCGUGUUGGUAUCAUCUCUUCCAAAAGGGCAGGUGUUGGUAAAUCACUUUACAUCAAGAGACUGUAUUCAAAACUGAAGGAAUCAACCAAAAAACCUUCUCUGUUGAAAUGCAUUCGCCUGAUUGAACCCAAGGUUGAUGAAAAUGAUAUUCUUCAGUCUCUUUUGGAAACCACAAAGAGUAAAGAACUCACGAUCUUCCAUUUUGAUGUCACUUCAUCGGUUCAGAAAGGCCUCCAUGAGUUUCUUUUCAAGUUGCUGGUUCUGGGCUAUUUGAUGGAUUGUGAAGGAAAGAUGUGGAAAUGCAAUCCCAAACAUCUGUAUGUGGUAGAGAUUUUAGUACCAACAGUUAAAGCAAACAUAUCACUGCAGGGUCAAACUGCCAACAACACAUUCAUAUAUGUGUUCCCGAACAUCACUUGUCAACCUCCCAAAGAUGUUCUAAUGCUAGAGAUGAAGAAGCAAGAAGAUCCCUCCAGUGUAAACGCUGAUGACCCAUUAAUGGAUGAUAAGGAAUUUAAAAGCGCUGCUUUUCAGAGGCCCUAUCAGUAUCUCACACGGUUUCACAACGGCAUCAAUCUUGAUGGAUUCACAUAUAAGGAUGUUGAAGGAUCUCAUGUCCAAUGCCUUCAGAUGUUGCUUGUGUACUGUGGCAUCAUGGACCCAUCCUGGGCAGAACUGAGAAAUUUUGCAUGGUUUCUUAACAUUCAGCUACAAGAUUGUGAGGGAUCUGUUUUUUGUGAUGCAGCUUUCACUGGAGACACAUUAGCUGGGUUCAAAACCUUUGUGGUGGACUUCAUGAUUCUAAUGGCUAAGGAUUUUGCCACUCCAUCACUCAGUAUCUCUGACCAAAGUCCUGGCAGGACGCAAGUAGACUUGACUGGUGUUAAAGAUGAAGACCUGGCCCCUUUUCUGAUUAGAAAGAGAUGGGAAACUGAGCCACAUCCAUACAUCUUCUUCAAUGAUGACCAUGUGUCAAUGACUUUCAUUGGUUUCCAUCUACAGGUUAAUGAAAAAGAUGUUGAUGCAAUUCACCCCACAAGUGGAAAAGUGAUCAGAAAGAAAAUCAUGACAAGACAGUUGUAUGAAGGCCUUCAGCUACAAAGAGUCCCUUUCAACAUUGAUUUUGAUCAGUUGACCAGAGCUGAGAAAAUUGAGCGAAUUUGCAAUGUUCUUGGAAUUCAGUGGCCUCUUGAUCCUGAUGAAACAUAUGAACUAACAACUGACAACAUACUGAAAAUGCUCGCCAUCCAUAUGCGAUUUAGGUGUGGCAUCCCAGUCAUUAUCAUGGGCGAAACAGGUUGUGGUAAGACUAGACUGAUCAAAUUCCUUUGUGAACUGCGAAGGAGUGGAGUGGCAACUGAAAACAUGAAGCUGGUAAAGGUCCACGGAGGGACAUCGUCAGAGAUGAUUUACUCCAAAAUAAGAGAAGCAGAAGUCAUGGCUUCUAUCAACAAAACAGACUAUGGAUUUGACUCUGUUCUCUUUUUUGAUGAGGCCAACACAACCGAGGCCAUUAGCAGUAUAAAGGAAGUCCUGUGUGACAAUACAGUGAAGGGAGACAGUUUGACCUCCAUGUGUGGACUGCAGAUUAUUGCAGCAUGCAACCCUUAUCGGAAGCAUACAGAUGAGAUGAUCAAGAGGUUAGAAUCAGCUGGUCUGGGCUACAGAGUACGGGCUGAAGAAACUGAUGAAAAACUGGGUUCUAUCCCUCUACGUCAGUUGGUGUAUCGAGUUCAAGCCUUGCCGCCGAGCAUGAUCCCUCUGGUUUGGGACUUUGGACAGUUAAAUGAUCAAACAGAGAAAAUAUACAUCCAACAGAUUGUCCAAAGAGUAACUGAAAACAAAGCAAUUGAGCAAAACUACAUGAAAUGGAUCACUAACGUUCUUUCAGCUUCCCAGAGGUUCAUGAGAACAAGAAAGGAUGAAUGCAGUUUUGUAAGUCUGAGAGAUGUUGAGCGCUGCAUGCAGGCAUUUGUUUGGUUCUACGAAAACCAUGUUAUGCUUUUUUCUGAGCUGAAGGAACAUGAGAACAAGCAAAAAAAAAAGGAACGGUACCAGAGGGAGGCCAGAGACCCAGUUAUCUGGUCUCUAGUCAUGGCUAUUGGGGUGUGCUACCAUGCCUGCCUUGAAGAUAAAGAUAAAUACAGACAAGAAAUCAGCGAUCACCUACCACCAUCGUACGACUCAGGAAAGGUACAGCAGGAAAUUGCAGUCAUGCAAGACUUACUUUUAAGUGGUGUACCAAUGGGAGAUACCAUUGCAAGAAAUGGUGCCCUAAAAGAGAAUGUCUUUAUGAUGGUUCUCUGCAUUGAGCUAAGAAUCCCUCUUUUUCUUGUUGGAAAACCUGGAAGUUCCAAAUCUCUGUCAAAAACCCUGGUGGCAGAUGCAAUGAAGGGGCAAGCUGCUCAUUCUGAUCUCUACAAAAAGCUGAAACAGAUCCACUUGGUGUCCUUCCAGUGCAGUCCUCACUCUACCCCAGAAGGUAUCAUUAAUACAUUCAAGCAAUGUGGACGCUUUCAGGAAGGAAAGAACUUGAAUGAAUACAUUUCAGUAGUGGUUCUUGAUGAGAUUGGCCUUGCUGAAGACUCUCCAAAGAUGCCACUGAAAACCCUUCACCCACUGUUAGAGGAGGGAUGCAUUGAUGAUGAGCCUCUACCACACAAAAAAGUUGGUUUUAUUGGCAUCUCAAACUGGGCUUUAGACCCAGCAAAGAUGAACAGAGGGAUUUUUGUGUCCCGAGGUGAUCCUGAUGAAAGAGAACUUAUUAAAAGCGCUAAAGGCAUAUGUUCAUCCGAUGCAGUGGUUUUGGAAAAGGUCAGGGAUGUCUUCAAGCCUUUUGCAAAAGCAUACUUAAACAUCUGCCAUGAGCAAGGAAAAGGCUUUUUUGGACUUCGUGACUUCUACAGCCUGAUCAAGAUGCUCUUUGCUGUUGCCAAGGUAACCCAGCAGAAGCCCACACCGGAGGAAACUAUAAAGGCAGUGUUGAGAAACUUCAGUGGCAGGGAUGAUGUAGAUGCAGUCUCAUUGUUUACUGAAAGACUACAGAUUUCACCAAAUCUGGAGAACAUCAAUGCCAUUGAGUUUGUAAGAGAAAACAUUCAGUCGAUUGGACAGGAAGAGGAAUGUCGAUACUUGCUGGUGCUAACCAAAAACUUUGCAGCACUGCAGAUCCUUCAGCAAACCUUCUUUUCAGAAAGAAAUCAGCCAGAAAUCAUAUUUGGGUCCAGCUUUCCAAAAGACCAAGAAUAUACCCAAAUUUGCCGCAACAUCAAUAGAGUAAAGAUUUGCAUGGAGACAGGUCAAACAGUUGUGCUUCUGAACUUGCAAAACCUUUAUGAAAGUCUGUACGAUGCACUCAACCAAUACUAUGUCUACUUGGGUGGACAAAAAUAUGUGGACCUUGGGCUGGGAACCCACCGUGUGAAAUGCAGGGUGCACAAUGACUUUCGUCUGAUCGUCAUUGAGGAAAAAGAGAUAGUGUACAGACAAUUCCCAAUACCUCUCAUCAACAGGCUGGAGAAGCACUAUCUGGACAUUCACACUGUCCUUACAGCUGAUCAGAAGAGGAUGGUAGUAGAACUAGAGAGAUGGGUAAAACUGUUUGUGACCCUCGGCAGUCAAAACUUAGCAAUGGCUUCUACCUACAAGUAUCAGCCACCAGAUGUCUUCAUUGGCUAUCACUCAGACACAUGUGCUUCUGUGAUUCUUCAAGUAAUUGAGAAAGAGAAGGCUAGGUUGGAAAUCUCAGAUCCAGACAAGCGAGCACUUGAUGAAGCUAAAUUGGUCCUCCUCAAAUGUGCCACACCAGACUCAGUGGUACGACUGGACUGCACAGACCUUCCCAAAGUGGAAAGUGAAAACCUGGCCAAUGUGUACUUUGAAAAGCAGAAAACCAGUUGUUUUGCUGACUACCUACGUGCUGAAACAGAGCGGGAUGUCCAAGGAUUCCCAUCCUUCACAGAGGUGACAACGUUCUCAAGACUUUUGACAACAGCUGACCUGAAACCAUUGGAACAAAUGUUUCUAAAUGUUGAGCUGCUUUCACUGCAGCAGUUUGACACUGAGCACUCCUUUCUAAAGAAGAUCAGGACCUUCCUGACCACUGAAAAGGAGAAACCGAGGCUGGGUCACUAUAAAAAAAUCCUCAUCAUUCAGUGUGAUUUUGACGAAACCACUCACAGUGCAAAUCUGAUUGCAUCUGCAAAGUAUUCCUCCAUAAAUGAAAUCAACAAAAUAAUUCAGGAGGGAAAAAGAAAUGGUGCAUUCUUGUUCUUUAUCACAAGACUCCCAAGAAUGGAAGGAGGAACUUCUUACGUUGGCUUUCACGGGGGUCGCUGGAGAUCUGUUCACAUCGAUGAUCUCAGACUAUCAAAAGACAUUGUCUCUGACAUCAAAGCUUUGCAAAACAUGACAAUCAGUCAAAUGUUUGAGACAAAGAUCUGCCAGCCUGAUGCUACUGAAGAGGGUGACAUGUAUAUUGAGACAGAAGAAAUGGAGGUAGAAGAAAGUGGCUUGGAAAAUUUGUUGGACACUACAGCUUUGUUGCGCAGCUGUGUACAGAGUGCAGUGGGAAUGUUGAGAGACAGAGUGGACAGUGGCCUCCGAAGCACUCAGAGGGUGGAAAUCCUGCUGACUCUCCUUAGUGAUGACGACAGCAUAAACGGUGAAUUUCUGCAGUACAUGAAGAAACAUCUUUACUCACUGCUUGCAAAUCAUGAAAACAACUCCUUUAAGACCAAUUGGGUGAUUAAGGAAGCCUCAAACAUUGAUGCACUGCAAGAAGGAGGCACCUUUAGGCACACUCUGUGGAAGCGCAUUCAAGCUGUUGUCAUUCCACUUAUGGCCCAACUGGUGUCAGUCAUUGAUCGUGAUCAUAACUUGGAUAUCUUGCUUGAUAGCAAUUGUGGUGACUCUCUCAAGAGGCUGUGGUUGGAUCUUUUUAGCCAUGACAAGUUUUUGGAAAUCCCCCAGAUAAAGGUUGACAACAACAGUGAAACAAAAACAAUCCUUGUACAAAACUACAUUGCACAAGACAAGAACUUGAGCUGCAGCAUGCCGUUCAGCUGGAGGAUCAUGGAUUUCCUUGAGGAGCUCUGGGUUCAUACUCUUCAACAUGAAGGCCACACCCAAAAAGAUUUUGUGGGUUUUUUUUGGAAAACACCACUUGGCCGGUACAUUGCAAAAGCCAACCCAGAGAUGCAGAUAGAGUAUUUUCAACGCUACCUUCAGGAUUUCAUCUCAAUGACCAUGAACGUGACAUGUCAAGGAGAUGUUCAGCUCCUGCGUUGUGCUUUAAACUGCUGUGUCAAUGAGGUGUGGUCAAAGCUCAAUGAAAAAGAAACAAUAAUAUCUCUUCCAUGGGUCCAUGUGGCUUAUCAUGAGUUCAAAAACAGGCUUCAGAAUCUUUCCAGAAUGAUCUGCAUUGAGCCUGAUGUAACCAGUGAGCUCUUGAAGAAUCCCUAUGUCCUGAAUGGGGUUGAAAUGGUGCUGGACGUGUUCACUGCUUUUGCAUGUGUAGAGUACCUUGAGCCAGUGGCCCUAAACACAGAGGCCGAAAGGCAAAAUUGGCUUAGGAAGGUCAAAAAACUCCAGGUCCCUAUUGAGUUGAUCUGCUCAGAGGACAGUGUAAAAGAAUAUGGACAAAGAAGCAAAGAGAUUGUGUACCGGGUCCAAGCUGGAUGGAAUCGUUUAUUUUCUAUGUCACUGUUUGUUGAGAACAUGUUCAACAUCGAUGACACAGAGAAUAAACUCAUUCCUUUAGUAUUGGAACAUACAAAAACACUGGGCCAGAUCCUGGAAAAAACUUCAGACCUGAAAACCCAACAGUCAUUUGAGGAAGUUAUACGUUUACUGAAAAUGUGUAAAGAUGAAGCUGUUGAACGGAUCUUCAGGUUUGGCCUUAAACUGUGUACAGUCUGUAUGGGAGACCCUCAGGACCCACUCUGCCUGCCAUGUGAACACGUAUAUUGUGUUGCCUGUAUCAGGCAGUGGUUGGUCCCGGGUCAGAUGUACUGUCCAUUCUGCAUGCAACCAGUUGAAGAUGACUUCCCAAUUGUUCCGUCAGAUGACAUGAGGGUUCUUUUCAAACGACAUGCUCGAUUUAGGAAGCAGUGCAACACCUUCUUCAUAGACCUGGUGUCUAAUAUGUGCUUCAAGGACAACUCUCCUCCCUCUUCGGCUGUCAUACAUGACUUACUAUCCUUUCUCCUGGUGGAAACCAACACAGUUCCAAAUCACAAGGGUAACACACAUGUGCGGACCAAGAUGCUCUCUCCUUUUGAUGAAUGCAUGGAUAAAAAUCCUGUGGUCCGAUCAGUUGUGUUAAAACUGCUGCUGAAAUACAGCUUUGAAAAGGUUAAGGAUUAUCUGCAGGUGCAUCUCAAGGCUUUAGAGAAGAGCCAAAUCUUGGAAGGAACAAACAAAAUUGAACUGUACUGUUUGUACAUUAACUGCCUCGAGGACUCCAUGUUUGAGAUGUUACACUUCAGGACCACUGCACAGCAGCAGAAAUGUCUCCAAGAAGAGAGUUCCUUUCUGACUGACUACUUACAAUCAAGAAGUCACUCUGCUGAAACGGUCACUGUAGAGUAUCUUCAGCAAGUGGCCAGAGUGCGUAUGGACCUGGAUAUGGCUGCUGGCCUCAUAACAGAGAACAUGAGAUCUACUGAUUCGAGAAAAGGGGAGCAAAGUGUGACUACAGCAUUCAUGACCAGUGUGGUGAACUUAUGUAGGCAGAGUGAAAAUGACUGGUACCGUGUCUACUUGAUACGUAAGAUCUCAAGCCAAUAUGGAGUAGAGUUUGCCCUGAAACUCCUCAGAGACAAGGAAAUGAGCUGGCUCUUUCCUAAGGAAGCAUUGCUAAAGCGAGAAGUAGGCCCUUCAAUAGACCAGUUUCUAGUGUGUGGAGAAGACUACAAGGCUUUCAGGAAUGCUAUAACAACUGUGAUGCUGCGAGGCCAAUUUGAUCAACUAGAUGAGACUUAUAAGGGGUGCAGAACUUCUCCGCAGUUAAAAACAGUUUAUCUCCUGUUGGCACUGUACAGAGAGGUCACCACUCUUUACAGAGAAGCUGAUGUGAGCCUUCAUCCAAAGCCUGAGCUCAUUGAAGAACUGAUACAAAACAUUGACAAAUUCCUGGGCACCCAAAUGGUGAAAACUUUUGCCAAGGCUCUCCUGACCAAUCAGCUUGGGCCGUUGACCCUAGGUCCUCGCUUUUCCAGUUCCAAGUGUGUGUUGUUGGACUUGACCUUUCACCUGGCUGCUGUCCUCAUUAGUGGGAACCAAGGGAUCCUGGUUCCCCUCCAACAACUGGCUCAUGCACCUGCCAACAUGCAGGCUGCCUUUUUACCCACAAUGCCUGAGGACAUGUUAGCAGUGGCCCAACAAGUAAUAAAAGUAGUAGAAGGACGAGUGACGUGGUACCUUUGUCCAAACGGCCACUACUGCAUCAUUGGAGAGUGUGGCAUGCCCAUGGAAACCAGUUUGUGUUUGGACUGUAAGGCACAGAUUGGGGGACAUGGUCACAAGUCUGUGCCUAACUUUCAUGCUGCUCAAAUUGGAAGGGACCGUACCGAGAGUGGGCACAUCCUUGGAUCUCCAACUCGUAGAGGCAGCCCAGAUAUGUUGGACACCAAGAGCAUGUCGCCUGUUCCUUUUAAUGUGGUUCGCAUGCUGACCCACAUGGCCAUGCUGUUUGGUACCUACAGUCAACCAGAGUCAAUCUCAGCCAUCAUCAAGCCUAGAGUCAAUGACCCAGCACCUUUUCUACUUGCACACUUGCAAGAAGACCUAAAAUAUCUCAUCACAUCACUUGGCAAAGGCACAGAUGAAACUGUCAGCACUGUUCACCUGCUAAUCAACAGCCUGAUGGAACGUCACCAACAGCAAUGGCCUGCUCCAUAUGACAAUCAACUUUCGACCAAAGAGAAAAGAAAUGGAUGGGAGAUGGAAAUUAGCAAUGCUGUAAUUGUACCUGAACUAACGGACUUGGAUAGGAAGUUAAAGGAGGCAAAUACAUUCAUUCACUCUGACGCUCGCAUUUCUGCAAAUCCCAUCAUGAAGCUCGUCUUUGGAGAUCCUUGUUUAUUCUUGGCCUCACUUCCCAAAAACUCUCUGCUCCAUGGUUCUGCUGUGUGGAGCUGCAGAGAGAAAAUCUCUCUUCGCACACUUCGCGUUGUGGAGCAGAACAAUGGCAAAGACACGCUGCCUGUUCUCUGGAGAUUUCUACACAAGGAAGCUGAGCUUUGCCUUGUGAAGCACCUUCCCAACAUUCUUACACUGCAGAGGGAUCUUGUCAAGAAGUUUCAGAACAUUACUGAGCUGAAUUUUAGGACCAUUGCUGAUUUUCUCAACAGUCCAAGAGCAGUUUCUCUGAACUCCUGGUAUGAAAAGUACAUCAAAAUCUUCCUGAACACCUGGAAUCAACUCAGAGUGUCUUUGGCAACCAAUGGUGAGGUGAAGAUCCCUGCUGAAUUCUGUGAAAAGGAUCUGGACUACAACAGUACCUUCAGGGUGUUGUUACCACAGCGUCACGGCCCGGGCCUGUGCUCUACAGCCCUCGUUAGCUACCUCAUUGCCCUGCACAAUGGACUGGUCAACUGUGUAGAUGAAUACAGCCCGGCUACACAGACCAGGGAGACCAGCUACAAAGUGAGCCCUGUUGAUCUGACUGACCUGCACGUGAUCCGGUACGAGUUGCACAGGGACCUAAUGCCCCUGGUUCUAUCAAACACCCAGUACACUAUUGAGAAAGGGCAAGAGAUCGUUCAUGAGUACGACCUGCCAAAGAUCCAGCAGCAGAUUCUGUCACGCUUCAUUCUGGGGAAACCGCUCAUCACACUAGAUGGUAUUCCAACGCUGGUGAACAGACAGGACCGCAACUACGAGGUGAUCCUGAAAGAUGUCAAAGCCAAAGUACAGCAAGAGCCUCUUCAGACUCUCACCCUGUUCACUCUGGCUGGGGAAUUGCACUCCUACAGUGAGGUUUGUGAGGCGUUGUCCACCCUGGAGGUGGCCCUUGGGUUUCUGUCUAUGACUGGAGGAGACGCUCACAUGCAGCUGUCCUACUACCUUGAGAAGGAUCUGCAGAUGGGUGACCAAAUCGCUCCACACGUUCUCAAGGCCCUGAGCAUGUGUUGUCUUCAACAUUGUGUGGCGCUGUGGCAGCUGCUGUCCUCACUCAAAUCAGAAAACAUGCUGCGACUGAGGAGGGACCCAUUUGUAGACGUUUCAGAAAAGUACAAGGAGCCUCUGAGUGAGGAGCAGAAAAGACUCCUGACUGGGUUCUUCUCCAAGAGCAGUGCUGAUGCUUUCCUGCUGGAGAUGCACGAGUUCCUGCUGCUGGUCCUCAAAAAGCCCAAGGCACUUGAUACCUUCAAACCAAACUGGGGCCUAAAAAUCACACUGGUGUCCUACAUCGAGAGCAAAGACAUGAACGUUUCCCCUGAUGUGGAGGAGCUCUUCCCUGAGGAGAUCUGCCUGUCACAUUAUGUCGAAGCCUGGAAGUUCAUUAUUGCCUCCAAACAGGAGCGUGGUCAGAGACAGUGAUGAUGAGCUGUUGAAAGGAUCUUCCUGUCCGGUUCCUGCGAAUUUGAAAUCACAAAAAUCACUGAUGUUUACAAUCAUGACAGGAAAGAAAGAAAAGAAUAUGUACCGCCUGCACUAUUUUCUAUUUGGAAAGGCUUACAUAAGUUAUUUUAUGACAUUCAUUCCUUACUUGUUUGUUUUUUGGUUGUUUGUUUUUUUUUAGUAGUAGCCUGUUGAAUUAUUGCUAAGCAACAAAAUGCCCAGGGAUUCUCUACCUUUGCCUUCUGUACUUUGCCUUCUGUACCUUAAAAUGUGAAUGUCUUAAAGACACACACAAAAACAUAGUUUUACUCAGGAACAAUUUGAUCCUAAUAAUUUUUCUUGAACAGUUUUGAUUUUUCUACGGUCAAUCUCUUAAAACAUUCCUGAUUGUUUUCUACACCUUAGAAAUAAUCAUCACACAAGACAUGUGUUACAAUAAAUCAUGCAUAUAAUAUU